UUUUGCUGCGUUUCCGCGCUGUCAUUGUUUCCGUUUCCACCUCCGAGAAGCCUCACGCCUCCACACACACAGACUAUCUUCUUUUUUUGUUUGUUUGAGUUUGGUAGUUUGCUGAUUUCUUUUUUGUUACAACCAUGGGAGACAUCGAGGCUCCCAGCCCGAACCCGCCGCGCCAGAACGUCCUUCUCUCGGUUCUCCCGAGCAAAGAGUUCGCCUCCUCCAGGAAAGGAAUGCUGCUCAUUGCUGAAGUGGCACUGUCCUUUGUGUCGUUUGUGUGUUUCGCGGCAUCCACAGCAGCGGCCUUCGUGACAGUUCCCCUGCUGGAGUUCCUGGCUGCUCUCUUCUUGUUGUUUGCUUACUCCACCAAAUUCAAUGAGAGGUUUAAAGGCUUCCUCUGGCCUCUCAUGGAUUUCAUGAGAUGUGUGACUGCCUCCAUUAUCUUCUUCAUCAUCUCCAUAAUUGCAGUAUCCAAAUAUUCGGACGGUGCCUCUAAGGCUGCUGGGAUAUUUGGGUUCAUUGCCACCAUCGUUUUUGCUUUAGAUUUUUACUUCAUUUUCAAUGAGCUGGCCACUUUCCUAAAGCAAGGAGGAGGGGAGACCAAUGAGGAGCCAUCAAGACAGCAAGAUGAGUUUUCAGACUCUGAUUCAGACUGAGGCCACAGAUCACCACCACCAUGCUGAUAUGUUUGAUCAUACGAGAUAAACCUCUACAGGAGAGAUUUCCACUGCUGAACUAUCAUCUGCAAAGAUCUGCAAGUGUUUCAGUAUGUCACGAGGUUAUAUUAAUACUGUGUACAGCAGAAAAUCACAUCAAGGCCUCAUUGAUUGUUGAUUAAUUAUAAUAAUUAUGUGAAUUUUUUAGUUGUUGAGGACUUUCCAUAUAGUCUCCUAGCCAAACAUGUAUGAAGAGGGGGAACCAGACCCUCUUCACUAAACCGAUGUGGUAAAUAUGUUGGUAUUUUUUAAGUUACCAAUUUACUGGUUGUUACAAGUAGUUUAUAAAACCUUGUAAAAAACAAAAAUGCUCUGUUGUUUUUUUAUGCCCAAACCCGUAUCCAGUGUCUUAGAUGAUCUGGGGUAAAUAUAAAUGCCAACAUCACACUUAAAUGAUCAUGAAGCUGUGAAAUAGUUUGGUCUCUGAGUUCUUACAAACUGUACGCUCUGCAUGUGGGAGCAUGUGCCUCAAACCUGAAAUAAUGACUUAUAUUGACUUUUGGGCAUGUAACCCUAUUUACAGACAUAUUAAACUACAACACUAAAUUAAUGUCCUUAGUGAAUAAAUGUUUAGGUGUGCUAAUAAUGGAGUAUGUAAGUCGGGCAUCAUCAUCAUUUAUAAAUUCAUAGUAUUACUCUAAAGAAAAAUACAUGUACAGUAUAUCGAAGAAGGGAUUGGUUGCAGGUUGGCUGGUUACAUCCUCUGUCCAAUUGUUUAAACUCUACAAGAGUGUAUUUUUUUUAUAAUUUGAGGAUAAUGUUUCCUUUAUCUUCCUUUAAAUUCGACUUUUGGGUCUACAGAGUUCCUGUGGCGUGCUGUACUGCAUGACAACCUUUUCUGUGUCCUGACAUCGUUUACAUGUCCUAAAACUUUUAUGUUUGAGAGUUCAAUUAACCAAAGUUUGAGAAACUCUCUACUCUUAUGUUUCAGUUUGUCUGCUGUAUGCGCUUCUUACAACCUUUGUGUGUGUGAAUAACAGAGCAUCGAAGCCACUUAAUGCAUUAUUAUUUUUUGUUAAAUGCUAGAUAUCCUAUAUGUGAAUCUUUUUUUGUAUUGAAAAGCAUAUUUGCUUAUUUUGGUUGUGAAUUCACUUUUUUUUUUUUGCUUGUAUGUUUGAUUCUUCAGUUCUUCCACUGCCACUACUACUGAAGAAUUAGGCGCACUAGAACGCCACAGUGACUGAUAAUGUAUUAUACACUGCACGCUGUACAAUGAAAAUGGAUGAAUCAGUGGCCUCCAACUUCCAUGUGGUAUUUUAACUGUUGAGAGCAAUUGGAGUUAGUUAAGAAAAUACUUCCAAAGUUGCAAUUACAUCCAAUAAUUAUUCACUGUUUGCCUUUUAUGGGAGAGUUGUGACAGUUUGUUACUUCUGUGGCUUCAUUCAUAUUGUGGUUGUGUUUGAAUAGUGUCCAGGCAGAAAUAUGCAAAAGUUGUUAUUAAUAAAUUGAGACUAAAAUUCA